UCUUAAUUAAUUAAAUCAACUCAUAUACCACAGAUAAUAUCAAAAAAGCACAUUGAAGUUAAUCAUUCGAUCUGUAUUCAUCAAGACGAGCACAUCAUUGCCAAAAAAGAUCGAAAAUGUUGCUCGUUGUUGGAUUAGCUAUUUUAUUAGCAAGCGCGCAUGCGCAACCAGUUGAGAAUGCGAAGCAAAGUACUGGGAAAGCAGAACUGAAACCACUGAUCAUGCCUACUGCAAGACCAAAGAUAAAUUUUCAACGUCCGAAGGUGCCGGCGCCUCCACCAGAAGAUUUUACAGACGAUGACGGCGAUGUACCGAAUGAUGUCGAGUUUGAUUAUAAUAACAACCCUGACAGUGCAGAGAAUAAAAAUUUAGAACAAGCACAACGUAGGAUCAUCUCACCAUUACUGAAAAAUGUCAGCCAGAUGAUAGGAGCUGGAACGGUGACUGCCGGAGUAAUAUCAAGCGUUGUAAAACCUCUCACAGAGGGCCUUGUUGGUAAAAUGAUGGACUACGCUGUCAGUCAGAUGAAUUCAAAGAAGCCUGUUAGUCGCAUGCUGGUUUUAAUAUUGGAAGCGUCUAAGUUUAUUAUGGAAAUGAUGGACUUUUUGACAAAGCGUGGUAGUUUGAUUCAAAAGAUCAUCGUGGUCAUCUUGAAGUUGUUAAGCGGAACAUUGGGAUCAUUCAAAAAUCUUAAAAAUUAAUUAAAACGUUAAAUGUGAAAGAAUCUGUAUUUUACUCCUUGGUGUAUUAACACGACCAUCUAAAUAAUUCAA